CAGACCACUAAAGAGCACUGAAAACAAAGGAGUAACAAAAAAGGGGGGGAAAAUGUUACGGAAGGCUCUAGCAUGCGCCGGAAGCGCACUACAGCAACAGCAUCAGCCAUGGCGCACAAUAGCAUGUCGGCGCUCGUCUUCAAGUGUAUCGUCAGCAGUGAACAGUAUAAUACUACGGUCCCUUAAAGAUCAUUAUCUUGAAGUCUCCAAAAUGACGCCUCCUCCGAAAGUUAGCCCUCCUAAUCCAUUCACUGUCGUCAAGGGGGCACUUGAUCAUGGUGGUCCUGUUCUAAGACGAACACAUGGAAAUGAGGAAAUCGGUAUCUCUGUCAUGCGGUUGGCCAACAUUAUUCCUGGAGGUGCUGGAGAUGAGGAGGAGGAUGGUAUUAAUCAGCUUUUUCUACAUGUUGACAUUUCAAAGCCAGGACAGAAGGAAUCUCUGCAUUUUCUUUGCGGGCUAUAUCCAGAUGCUUUAGGAAUACACUCAGUCUCAUUGAGACCAAAGGAUGAGUCUAGCGGGUUUCUUGCUGUUCCAACCAAAUACAGUGGCCCAGUUUUUCAAGAUAUUGAUGAGAAAAUAAGAGAUGCACUGCACAGCUUCAUUGAAGAGCGAGGAAUUAACGAAAGCCUCUUUCCAUUUCUACAAGCUUGGCUCUAUGUGAAGGACCAUCGGAAUCUUAUGCGUUGGUUCAAAACAGUUGGCGCGCUCGUUAAUGACAGUAAACAAGGAGCUUCUCAUGCCUAAUCUUUCAUUUGAUUGUUCUUUAAAGUGGUAUGUGUACCAUAAAAAUGCAGGACUUCUAAAAAUUUGUCGAAGCGUAUUCGAGAGUCCGAGUGAUGGAAGGUAAAAUGUGCAGGUAAAAUGGAAACUAUGUCACGAGUUAUAUGCCUGCUAGAAGGUCUCAGUGAAUGUAUAGUUUGCUUGUGACAACUUUCAAUUGUCUUGAUCGCGGAAUAUCAUUGAGACACAAGGGAUAUUUUUGAUUUUCUGAGAGAACAGGGCAAUAUCUCCUUAGUUUUCUAUAUCUGAUAGAAGCUCCGCUUUCUACUUUUCAGUUAAUGGAUUUUCCUUUUCAUCUUUUUGAUA